AUGGCGGAAGAGGGCUCUGGUAAUAUUUUUUGUUGUUUUCGUGGGAUUUUUUAUGACUAUUGAAACAAUUAAGAUUUCGUUUUCUUUUAUGAUUUACAAGGGUAGUUAUAGCUUUUGUCCCCAUUUCAGUCGUAGAUACAGAAGAUAAAUUUGAGAGUGAGGCUAAGGAUGAUCAAGUACUCGGGUUGAAGGACACUUGUCGGUCAAAGUGUUGUCCAGAAAAUGCUGACGUCGUCAACGAUAGCGAGGACUCAAAUGAGAAAUCAAAAGAGGAUUUUAGUGUGGAGGAAAAAGAAAAAGACACGACGGAAGAGGAGCAAGCGUGCUGUAGUAGAGAGACUGCAAGUUUUAGAGUGGUCUGGAACAAAAAAAACUACGAGGUUAAUUUCCCUGUUGAUGAAACAGCUGAUAGUCUCAAGCAGCAUAUAGAAAAUCUCACAGGUUCGUUAUUGUCUGGUUUUGAUUAAUGAACUCUUGAAGUAAGUGUUCAGUUCUCUAUUGAAUAACUCUCUAUAGCCCUGAAAGGUUUUUUAGAAUAAAACGAUUAGGGUUCCAUUCAAUGCAUGUAACAACUACUCAACCCCACCCCCCUCCUCCCCCACAAUGUCACAUUCAUACAUAUUAUUACAGUAGUUUCCUUUACAUCAGAACAAAGACCUUUAUUCAAAGUUCGUUUACAUAUUGGAAUAUCAGCAUUAAUUUGAGUCACUAUAUUAUACCUGCCAACUCUCAUACCUUAAUUAGGCGUGAGUCUCACGCCUGCGAGUUGAAAACUUCGAUCUCACGCCGGGUCAUGCUUGCGGGCCAAUUUCACACGCCUGAUUGAAAAAUGUGAGUUGUUGCCGUCUUGCUUGACAUAGUUUCCAAAAAUAUGUUAACUCAGACCCAUGUAAGGAACACAAAACCAUGUGUAAAAUGACUAAAUGACAAUACCUUCCUCGUGAUCUCUGAUUUUGUGGAUAAGUGUUGUCUCGAUAACUUCGCCUUCGGCAGACUUCGGACGUCUUCGGAAGACUUCGGACUUCUUCGGAAGACUUCGGACUUCUUCGGGAAUCUUCGGAAAUGAUCAUGGAUAAAAAUCUCACGCUUAUAUGUCAGAAAAAGUUGGCAGGUAUACUAUAUCCAACUUUGCAAAUUAACAUGGUGACAUUGGAGGGUGAUGAAAAAAAUACUUAUUAUGUAGAAGCUGCUGUACACUGUUCAAAAUAGACCCCAAAUGUUGAAAAAUUACUGCAUCCUGCACUUUUGGAACUAGUGCAAUAUCAUAAUUCAAGAUUAGGGUUACUAAAAGACCACAACUAUGAAAUGAAAAAUAAUAAUAUAUUAUGACACUAGUCUAUUAUUCAUUCAUUUAUUCAUCACUGAUUUCGAAAACUUAUGUCUUCCCUUCUGAGGGAAAUUGAAGUCAGGGAGAAAAUACAAUAUUCCAGUCACCUCAAAAUUAACUCUCUAAAUUAAUUUCCCAUGUUCAUCCCCUCUUUGGUACUGUUUAAGUUGUAUCCCAUAACUUCUGCAUUAAGCAGUUCAUAUGACUGUGAACUGCUAAGGACCAGUUUCCCAGAAAUAAAAGGUAUUGUUUGAUUUUACAAUGCUAAGAAUCUUUUUGCUGACCCUCAUUUCACUAGAACAUUUCUAAUAAUUAUUAAGAAAUAAAUAUUUGCUACUUAACAGGUCUCCCAGUAUCAAUGCAAAAGCUGAUGUACAAAGGUAAUCUGCUCUCUUGUUAUAAGUCUGUGAUAUUAUGUCCAUAAUUAUGUGAUAACAUUCCAAUUUAAUGAUUUCGUGACAUAAUUAUAAAUGUCAUUCCAAAGUUUGAAUAUUUUGACACUAGGUGUAAUUGCUCACUUGUCAGGUAUGAUUAUCUGUUAAAACUGUUUUGACCCAUACAUUUGUAUCUUGCUUGAUCUUAUAAUCUCUUUAUUGGAUUUUUGUCAUUUCUAAUAUUUCCUGCCUCUGAUCAAAUUAUUACUCUAUCGUUAGAUGGUAUAUGAUCUAUGAGAUUCCAGGCAUCCUUUAAUGAAAAGAAAUGUUAGUAGCCUGUUCCUUUUUACCUUAAAAAUUACAAACACUCUACACAGGAUAAUGCCAACAAAAGUUGAAUGCAGUAUCUGUACACACAGACAAUCCCAGCUUUUAACUUCAUAUCACACUUGUCUGAAAAAAGGAAGUACAUAUGUUAUGCCUUUUGGAUUUUGGGUAACAAAUGUUAUUCAGAUCAUUCAGGUUAAAUAACAGUUUUAUUGCAGUGUGCAAAGAAAGUUGUGUCCCAUUAUGCCCAGGGCUAGUGGAUUUUGCUAUCAGGCUGGUGAAUUCUGUUUGGGGGGAAAUCAAAUAUAAAAAAUCAAAAUCAAAUGGAAGAAGUGUAAUCAAUCCUGAUCAUCCUCAUUGACUCUUGGGCUAGUUCAUGGUAGCUACAACUUGCCCAAAUGGCAAGCUGUAAAACUGACUUUCUUUGCACCCCAUACUAAUAAUAAUUAUUAUUAUUAUGUGAAGAUUGUAAUCAUGGUAAAGUAAACAAUAUCACCAGCAGGAACUGAAAAUAAAACUGUGAUUUUUAUAAUAAUCACACUUCUUCUUCAUCAAACACCAGUGAAUAAUAUUAGUUUAUUGUCACAGAAUUGAAAAGGAUUGAAAAAAUUGACAAAUAUCUGUGUAUCCUGCAGGACUUGUCAAGGAUGGUAGUAAAACAUUGAGAGAGUUAAAUGUGACAAAUGGAGUGAAAAUGAUGGUUGUAGGCUCAACCAUGAAUGAUGUGAUGAAAGUAACCCCUCCUCCCCCAGGGGCUUUGAAAGAAGAAAAAAUUGCUUCAGGUAGGGAACAUCUACAUGUAACACAUAACCAAUGCUCAGCUGGGACCCCUUUAAUACCUUUCAGUCAAAGCAAGUCAAGCAUACCCCAUUAGAUUCUAUCAAUGAAUUGAUUAUUUAAAAACAAAGCUAUUAUGCCAAUAUAAAAUAUUCAUUUUACAUUCCACUAUGUAUGAUGAGCAGUAGGAAUUCCUUGUGAUGUAGGUAUUAAAACGUCUGCCAGCUCAGUUUUCUUGAAUUUGAUGCAAACAUCUUCCUCUCUUACCGUAAAUUAAAUUCCUCUGAAGUUUGUUAUCUUUACUAAAUUUAAUGGUCCAGAUAAGAAGGAAAGAACCAAACGCAAUGAACACAUCAGAAUGAAAAAAGGUGCUAACUUUACUAUUGUCUCUGUUACAUUUCUGAUUGGUUUAAACAUCAAAUUUUACAAAAUCUUCACAAAGCAGCAUGUAUAUCAGUCCUUCUUUUCUAACCACCAUCCUUAUAACAAAAUCUUUUCUGAGUCUAAGUAACACAGAAAUCCUACAUGAGGAACACAUAAAAUUGUAAACUUCUCUUGGCCAUUGUUUGCAACUCUUAUUGUUGGUUGAAAUCUUUUAACACCAAAAAACACUCUUUAAAAAUGGACUUUAAAUACAUUUUAUUUCAUAAACUGCCUUUUUGUAGUUUUUUGCAUUCUCUGUGUGAAAAUGAAAAUAUGUAAGGAAAGCGUAUUGCACCAUAACAAAAGAAAUUACUUCCUGUCUUACCCAGAUCAUUACUUAAAUGGAAAUUUUUACAAAAAUAAAGCUUUUGUCUGCGAAAAAUGUAUGUUUUUGCCCAAUUUCAUUUUUAAACUCAUUAGACCUUUUUGAGAUCUACCAAAGAGGACGCGAUCCUUAAUUAUAUUAUUAUCCUUGUCUUUGAAAAAUGUUUAAUUUGACGGUUUUUUUUCUUCUGUCUUGCAGCUUCAUCAAAGGAACCUCUUUGUAAACAAAAGGUUCUUAUUUUUCAUUAUCGAUACUUUUGCUUUCUAUUUGGGUUGUUUGGUAAUAUAGUUCUUACUCCAAUAAAUACACUUUUUCCAUUUUCAGAUGCAUAAAAAAGUCUUAGAUAAAGGAAUUCCAGAUGACGUCAUGCCAGGAAUAAAAAAUAAAAAGGUAUUUUCUUGAAAAAAAAUUGUGAGUCACAUUCAUGUAAUACAUGUCUCCCUUUUUGCUUUCUAAAUUUCUGGAGAAUUGCCUGUGGUAGAAUCCCAGUCAUUUUAGAACCUUGUAGGGAAAGGGAGUUAGUUUGAGUAACCAGAAAGAUCAAAGUCUUAAGUGUAGAGUAUUUUUAUUGUGUUGUUUGACUGCAAGAAGGAAGUUAGUUUAAGAUUCCAGAAACUUUCCAGACUUGCUCUUUGCCCUUGUAUAACCACUCCGUUUCCUGAGCAGACAAAAAUCACACUGAGGUGCUAGAUUCCCAGUCAUGUCCAAUACGGUUUACGGUCGUUUCGCCCACGAGUCGUUUCGCCAGCGCCCUGUUCACUAACUUCUGAAGUCGUCUCGCGUACGUGUUUAGUCAGUUCCCCCCCAACUGCUUUCACCUGAUCAGUGGCUGAGAGAACGAAGUAAAUACAUGCGCAGCGUCCCCGCUAGAAUAGAUCCAUCCAUGGUAUUUUUCAAGUUUUGACAAAGACCAGUAAGCUAAUAUCCAUCGGCACUUCCGAAAAGAGUACCUUUUAAAAUUAGGAAUCUUGUAAAGUUUAAUGGAAAUAUGCCCAAAGCGAGCAAGGAUAUUGCUGCACAAGGUCGCAGAGUUUUCAGUACAGAUGUUGUUUGUGUCCCCCACCUUACAAAUGUCUCUGAAAUUCCGCGAAUUUGCGGAAUGUAUCCUCGUUAGUUUUGAACAAACCACUUUCAAACCGAUGUAAAGGCAUCCUUCCAACUGUGUUGACCGGCGGAUUUUCGCUAACUGGUUCCAGUCAAAAGUUAGAAAAACCUAUUUCAUCUUUAUCAAUGGCGCCCUCAACCAGCAAUAUCCCGUACUGAUUAGCCUGCGUAGCAAGCGUUUCUUCGCGAGGUUCGUCUAGAAAGCUGGGACGAUAAACCAACAUCUACAUAUAUCAUCUUGCAACAUCUAUAACAGACAUAUUCGCAAGCUCCUAACUAAAAACUAAAGCACUACUACUAGGAAACAUAAAAAUAUAAAAAUACAAUAAGUCGAAAGGGGUAAACAUCAUACUGAAAAAAUGUAGUCAGCGACGGUGGCUUUAAAUUUUGCGGUUGAAUCCAAUGUUAAAUAAUCAGAUGGCAGGCUAUUCCAGUCAAUGAUAGUUCUCGGCCAGAAGCUGUUUUUGUACGUGUCACUGGAUGGCUGAAGUGGGAUAAAUUUCAGUGGAUUUUAGGGAAGGGCGAUAAAAACUGCCACAAUACUUGCUUUUGCAUAACACCUUUAAAAAGAACUUUAAAACUCCAAAGAGCACCAGUUACCAAAUUCGACAAAAUCCCGUAGUGAAAUAUUGGAAAACAGCAUGGUAUCAAGCAAAGGGUCUCGCGUCCUAGUAGCAGAAGUUGCUUACCCUAUACAUUUCAGAUAAAAUACAGUAUAUUUACAGGAAAAGUUACCAGAUAUUCCAGUAGCUGGGAUGUAUAACAAAUAUGGUGGAAAAGUCAGGUUGACCUUUAAACUCCAGUUGGAUCAACUUUGGAUUGGAACGAAAGGUUUGUUGCACAUCUAUCUUAUAGCAGGAUCUUACUUUCAAUUUUCGGCCAUAAGACACAGUAUCCACUCGGCAGAUACCCAGCGUAAUAAGCAACGAGCACGCUGACGUCCCGGACGUCAUAAAUACAGUGCAACCGGCAGUUUGAUGUCUGGCUUGAUGGAACGCUUCUGUCUCACAUAACGAAUCUGAAUACCUUUGUUUUAACCCCUGCUGUACGUAUUUGUCGAGUGAGAGCACUGAAAGAGAGAAAAUAUCAACCUCCGGUUGCCAUUUUUGACGUCUGGGACGUCAACGUUCUCUUUGCUUAAGGUCCCUAUUAACCCCUUCACCACCCGUAACCGUCCUUUUAGAUCCGUGUCGCUUGUACGACAUGUGAGGUCACCAGUUUUAACGGUCAUUGGGAGAGGUCGUUUAAGCAAUACCCGACUAAUCACCAUUCAGUUAAACAGGGCACAGAAAAACGCAAAAAAGAAGCAAAAAGUUGACCAGAAAAUUCUCGCAGCCAUGAAGCUCUCAUAAACCUUUAUUUUUGUUUUCACGAUCCGCGCGAUCGCUAGAAUUCGCUCGGCUAUUACAUCGCUCAAUCCACACCCUGUCGAUGCUGUCCAAAAUUAGCCUGUCAACAGACGUGUUUUUUUUUUCGAGGAUUCGGCAGCGCUUUCACUCGCACACGAGAACGAGCACGACACGCGGGGAAAAAAACAAUUUUCUCCUCUGCCUACCCACACCCCCAUGCGUUUGCGGUUUUUAUUUUCACGCGCGCUCGACGAUCUCUAAAGAGAAAACAGAGGGUCUCUGAACAGGCUCAAGGGCUGUCAACGUGAUCUUACAUGUUUAUUCUUUAAAUCUUAUUUCGCUGUAAACUGCGCUGCUAGUCGCACUGCUAUAAAGGAAGCUGAAUUUUAUCAUUUGUUUGCAGAACGAACGGAAAAAAUACCAAUGGGGUCAAUAAAAAAUGUCAUCUCCGAAUCAAUUGAAGGCCAUGAGGAGUAUCAUAUUAUGGUAAGCUUACAGUCGGCUUUACAGGGUGUCAAGCAACAAUGGACUUGGCACCCAACCUCGUUUCCAGGGUUCUCCCCUACCCUAACCCUUUUUCGCUCCGUAGGGCGGGUAGGAGAGAACCCUGGGAACGAGGUUGGGUGUCAAGUCCAUUUUUCUUAAUUUUAACUCGCUUUAUUGUAUUGUCCUCUGGCACUACCGAAACUGUAAUAGCUAAAGAACGUUUUAAGUGGCUCACAUUUGCACCAGAGCAGUGCGAAAGCAGUUGGAAUUUAGUACAACUGAUGUAGGUGGACUGUUCUCCGAUCAAGCUCAACAGAUUUCCUCAAUUUUGCCUUUCUGCGAUGUAAACUUGUAUUUAAGAUAAGUCUCCAAUUGUACGAUUCUUCCGAUUUUAGUGUGCUAUUGUCCGACUAUUCUCCGAUUUUUUUCUGGAGAGCGCGAAAUAUUACAUUUGUCACAAGCUUGUUUCGUUCCCUGCCAUAAAGAAGGAGAAAUAUUGCAUGUAAAGUGCGCUUGUUUCGCUUUAUGGCUUGAAGAAGGAGGAAUAUUCCUUUUUUGGCGCGCUUGGUUUGCUUUAUAGCUGAAAAGACGAGGACUAUUAACGUUUUGCAGCGAUGUUUUUCUCAAGAAUGGAAGUCGCAAAACGAAUGAAAUUUUAAAAAAAUGUAGAAUCGAAACAAUCGGGCAAGAGUCGGAGAAUCGUAAAACGAAACUUGAGAAUCGGAAGAAUCGGAGAGUGGCAACUGAAUAGUGGAUCACAACUAUUAGCUCGUUUUAUUGUAUUGUCCUCUGGCACUACCGAAACUGUAAUAGCUAAAGAACGUUUUAAGUGGCUCACAUUUGCACCAGAGCAGUGCGAAAGCAGUUGGAAUUUAGUACAACUGAUGUAGGUGGACUGUUCUCCGAUCAAGCUCUACAGAUUUCCUUAAUUUUACCAUUCUGCGAUGUAAACUUGUAUUUAAGACAAGUCUCCAAUUGUACGAUUCUUCCGAUUUUAGUGUGCUAUUGUCCGACGAUUCUCCGAUUUUUCCUGGAGAGCGCGAAAUUUUACACUUGUCACAAGCUUGUUUCGCCCCGUGCCAUAAAGAAGGAGAAAUAUUACAUGUGAAGCGAGCUUGUUUCGCUUUAUGGCUUGAAGAAGGAGGAAUAUUCCUAGUUUGGCACGCUUGUUUUGCUUUAUAGCUGAAAAGACGAGGACUAUAAACGUUUGCAGCGAUCUUUUUCUCAAGAAUGGUAGUCACAAAAAGCACGAAAUUUUAAAAGAAUGUAGAAUCGAAACAAUCGGGCAAGAGUCGGAGAAUCGUAAAACGAAACUUGAGAAUCAGAAGAAUAGGAGAGUGGCAACUGAAUAGUGGACCACAACUAUUAUUUUACUAUUCUCCGAUUUGGCACUUAUCUCGCGCUCUCCUGAAUUGCACCUAGCACAGUUGGGGGGUAAACGCUGAAUUGAUUGUUAUGUGUUGCAGGCUAUUCAGCUCGGGCCAACAGAAGCUUCUCGAUAUUGGAUAUACUGGGUACCUGCGCAGUACGUGGAUGCUAUAAAGGACACUAUUCUGGGAAAAUGGCAACCGUUCUAGGCUGAAAACAGUUCCGUAAAAUAGUGCCAUUCGAAGUGAUAUAUGAUGACUUACAGUCAACUACAGGAAGUCAUUUUAUGAUCAUGUAACCUAGUUCAAUGCAGGUCGACUUCGUUGAUCACAGAGGGAAUAUAUUUUUUAAAGUGCUGCGUGCUGCCAUUACGAGAAAACAUAAUGUGAAAUAGUUGUGGUAUAGAAGGACUCAUAAUGCUGCACCUUAAACGCCUUUAGCCAAAUCGAUUAAGUCUGCAUCGUCGUGAGAAGUCACGCGCAAGUGGCACGCGAAAGGAAACGCGACUUCCUCGCUCCUCGCGGCUAUACUCGCUCGCACGUUCUCUCGCUGCUCGCCUCGUUCGCUACUCAAAAUGGCCCGCAGGCGAAAUUUGCUUCACCAGCUUCGAAGUACUCGCUUGGCUGAAAUGUCAUAAGGGGAAAUGCGCCUAUUUCUUCCCUUUACAGCGAGGUGUCAUGUCGUUUUGCUUCAAAGUCGUUUCGUUUUCUUUUUUGGAGGUAUUCAACGAGCGCGCGAGGGUAAGUACGAAGUACCAGAGGCCCCCGGUCAAUAAAUCCCUCGCGGUUUUAUUUCCGUGCACACUCGACCAUCUCUAAAGAGAAAAUAGUGUGUCCAGAGACCAGAGUUCGGCUGGAAAAUUGUUUUAUACUCGUCUAUGUGAAUCAGAGUGAUUGUGUAGAGCGUCAACAAAGUUCAAAUUUAAAUAGGUUGAAGGGGGAAUAAAGUGAAGGCGCGCGAGGACACGAUGGGCUCAUUUUUUUCCUUCUCGCGCGCUUUAAUCUCCCCUUUCCCUUCGCUUCAAACGCCGUCCACGCAGGCUAUGAUUUUGGCCAAGUUCACUUUCUGCGCUUCUAUUACUUGUUCCAGGCUCCAAGACAGUAGAGAGCUUUAGAUUCCAGGACGAAGACGACUACUAGGACGACAUUUAAUUUUCUCGUCUAUUCUCUAAAAAUAGACACCUUGUACUUUUUUCACCACAAAAGUUAGCACGCUUCUUUCUGUUGAAGGAGUUAAAGCCCACUCCCGAUCGCUAAAUGAUAAAAUUCCUAACAUUUGAUAACUUGUUUUCGCCAAUACGAUGUUGCCACUAAACCUCGUAGUAGAAUGACGAUGGCUAUCACACUUUCCUGCCAAAAUGACACUGGUUCGCGCACGCCCACUACUUAGUACGUGGAAAAUCUAGUUCUCGUAGUCGUCCUCAUCAAGGUCUCUAGUAAUAUGUAGUCGUACAGAAAAAAGAUAGAAAGUGAUGCGAAAAACGCAUGCGGGUUGGCUAUUUUUUCCCGCCACCGCCUCAAAAGUUCGGAGAUAAAGCGCGUCUUAUUUUACUUUGCUUGUUCUAUUUCCGCGACGUCGCUUCUACCUGAGAGGCUGGCGCAGACUACGCUUUUAUGAACCGAGACUGUCUCGAAUGAACGAUCUUGGUAAAAGAAAAAGGUUUUUGUUAUCGUUAGCCGACUCGUUAGGCCCUCUUACACGCUCGGGUAGCCAAUCAGAACACCGUAUUCGCCUCAUCUUGCCCCCUUCUUCGGAGCCAGCUAAAGAAAAUAAAAUGAAAUAGUAGGAUGAUUUAGCAACAGAAUGGGAACGUCAGUUGACGACGGCGCGCACAAAUCAAACGAAUGGCUUGACCAAUGGCAGAGCGGCAAAUUGAGCACCGGAAGUCGUGUUUAGUCCUUUCCGCGCGCUUUCCCGUCGUCAACUGACGUUCCCGUCCUGUUGCUAAAUCAGCCGGAAAAUCAGCCUAUUAUCAAGGCGGCGUCUUGAGAAAAGACUUUGUAGCAAAACGACUGUUAACAUAUAACGACAUCAACCACGCAGGCGGGUUAAGGCUUACGCUGCCAAUUUCAAAGCAGUUACUGUACCUGCAGUUCCAAAAUUCACAGCAUACAAAAAGUUAAAAUUAAUAUACAAAUAAAAAAGGAGAAACAAUAUUUGAC